GAGAUGAGCUUCAAGAUGAAUCGGGAUAGCCUGUAUUUACGACAGGCCAUGAAGGCAGCAGCGGCUCUGUUGCUGCGUUCAGGGCGCAGUGUCCCGUCAAGAGUCGGCAGAAAGACGCGCUGCUGCACACCGGAAUUCAACACAACAAUGGCGUCUCCCUGUCCGGACAGCAACUCCAAAAACUCCAGCAACACUGUGGGAUCCACGUCGCACCGCUUCCAGCAGCAGAACCAGAGCAGCAGCAUGCAGGAAACCAACACCUGCUGGAGAUGUCAAAAUGAAACAGGUAAACGAAAAGCUCUGAAGCUGAAUUUCGCCAACCCUCCAGUGAAAGCGGCCUCCAGGCUCCCGCUCCAUCCAACCGCCCCCCCUUUCCAGAAUCCUCACAUAGAGCGUCUGCGCACACACAGCAUCGAGUCAUCUGGGAAGCUGAAAAUCUCUCCGGAGCAGCACUGUGACUUCACAGCAGAGGACCUCAGGGACCUCGGGGAGAUUGGGCGCGGAGCCUACGGUUCUGUCAACAAGAUGGUACACAAACCCACGGAACAGAUCAUGGCUGUCAAGAGGAUCCGCUCCACGGUGGAUGAGAAGGAGCAGAAGCAGCUGCUGAUGGACCUGGACGUGGUGAUGAGGAGCAGCGACUGUCCCUACAUCGUUCAGUUCUACGGGGCUCUCUUCAGAGAGGGCGACUGCUGGAUUUGUAUGGAACUUAUGGCUACCUCAUUAGACAAAUUCUACAAAUAUGUAUAUUGUGCAUUAGAUGACGUCAUUCCAGAGGAAAUAUUAGGCAAAAUCACAUUAGCGACCGUUAAAGCACUGAACCACUUGAAAGAAAAUUUGAAAAUAAUUCACAGAGACAUCAAACCCUCCAACAUCCUAAUGGACCGGGCCGGAAACAUCAAGCUGUGUGACUUCGGCAUCAGCGGGCAGCUGGUGGACUCCAUCGCCAAGACCAGGGACGCCGGUUGCAGACCCUACAUGGCGCCAGAGAGGAUCGACCCCAGCGCGUCCCGACAGGGCUACGAUGUGCGCUCCGAUGUGUGGAGCCUGGGGAUCACUCUGUACGAGCUGGCCACAGGAAGGUUCCCCUACCCCAAGUGGAACAGUGUGUUCGAUCAGCUGACACAGGUGGUGAAAGGGGAGCCCCCCCAGCUCAGCAGCUCAGAGGACAGGCAGUUCUCCCCCAAGUUCAUCAACUUUGUGAACCUCAGCCUUACAAAGGAUGAAUCCAAACGGCCUAAGUACAAGGAGCUUCUGAAACAUCCCUUCAUCCUGAUGUACGAAGAGCGCUUCGUGGACGUCGCCAGUUACGUAUGUCGCAUCCUGGAUCAGUUCCCCCCCUCUCCCCUCCUCUCCCCCAUGUUUGUGGACUGAUAGAGGGAGCCCUCCGAGUUCUUCAGAGGAACUGAGCCCCACCGCCUGAAGCUCAGACACCUUCACUCGUCUUCAGCAUCUUUUUAUGUGGGGAAACCGGAGUGAAGUGUGCGUGAAUGUACAAUAUAUGCAAUCUGUGAGAGUGUACAUUCGUCAGACCUAAUGUCAGCCACAGUGUGUACCAUUGUCACAGAACUAAGCUGAAAUCCUUAACCAAGAUGAUCAUAAAUCUGUGUUUAGUUAUUAACAGAGGCUUCAGUCCUUCUGUCCCAUAGAUCAACCCAUAUUUUGUCUAAUGCUCAGUAAAAAAAAACGACUUAUCUUCUUUCUUGUCUGCUGAUUAAAAAUGAUUUUAAAAAAUGA